CCCUCGCGAUUGCGCACGGCGUUCACUUGUCCCGCCGCCCAUUCCUCCGACGAACGCCUUCGGCGGCACUUGGCUGGCAUUGGGUGGGGUGGCUGGGCAUGCAUGGAAGCCUGUGCAGUACGUGCUCCAGCGGGCUGUCCCGUUUGUUAGAGAUAGAGGAUCAUCGAAGACGGUACGAUCAGCCGACGGUGCUGAGCACCAUGCCCCCGCCCACAUCGUUUGGAACUAUGCAUGCUUACAGAACCUGCAUCAGCGCGGUCGCAGCGGCACGUACCUAUCCUCUGGUAUCCUUUGGUCCCACCUCCAGUCCAGAGGUCCCAACUCUCCGUCCCUCCGUCGUUGUCAUCGCCUAUCCCCAUCCUCACCUCGGUGAUCUCGAUCUCCUCCAGAGUCUGGUUGUGUCACAUCCGCGACUUGGCGACGGUGGCCGGACCCCGCCCCCACCCCUCCCACGCGGGCGAGACCUUGCUCGCGUCGCGCCACGGUGGCGAGGGCGAGGGGGCGGGGGCGGGGGCGGGUGCGGGUGACGGGUUGGGGGCGGCGGCGGAGACGUGUACGCGCACGGGAAGGAACGCGGGGUGUACGCACGCGUUUGCGAAGGGCCGGGGGGGCUGCGGGCGUUUGUCGCGCGAUAGCAUUGUGGUGAGAGAGAUGGAGUGGAGAUGGAUGUGGAGGAGGGGGGGAGGGGUGGAGAUGACGUCGGAGUUUAGCCUGUUCCGUCCGCUUAUCUCCCGCUACGGCGAAGGCUCGCGGCGACGGGACGGGAGGUGCAGGCGCAGGUAAACGUGCAUGCGCCUCAUGCGCGCCGCAGCGCCGAACUCGUUGGCGGAGACGUCGGGAAGUCG